AUGUCGUCGUCGUCAUCCUUUAGGCGCUCUAGCGAUAGUCGCCACCAUAGCAGCCGCUACGACUACAACGAUCGAAGAGACGGUGAAAGAGAGAGAGACCGCCGAGACCGCGACCUCUUUCGAGAUUAUCAUCGCUCACCAUCACGAUCGACUUCGCCAGACAAGCGGGUCAGAGAGACUGAAAGAGAUCGAGCCUGGAAUAGAGACAGGGACGACUCAAGGGACAGAGAGGUGGAAAGAGAAAGGGAUAGACCCAAGGAUCUUGAUCGUGAUCGAUCAAAGACACAAAUAGACCCGUUGAGGCCGCCGCCGCCCGCUGGUCAACGAGAUACUCUCCCUCCCACACGAACCUUCUCUUCGCCAGUGCUCAACAAGUCGGGCAUACCAAUGGAACCCCGUCCCAACCGCGGGUCACAGCCAUCGCCAAGGAGACCACCGACGGUAUCAACGACACCAGCAUCUUCGGCACCAGCAUCUUCAGCACCGCCAACCCCUCGAUCCGCGAACGAUACAACAUCAACGGCAAAGAUCACUGCAGCUUUACGGCAGCUUACUCAGCGAAGUAACGAACAGGGCGCACUCCAGCUGCGGAAAGAUGUAGUUGAGGCGCGGGCUAAAACUCGGGAGCGGGAGCACGCCCAGUCGCACCCCAAAUAUGCUGAAUUUCCGUCCUUGAGAGAGUACCAUCAGAAGCUAGAGAAGAGAGAUACCGGUGAACUAGAUGCAUUACGGAGAGAGGUGAAGAUUGCAGACCAACAAUGGCAGGCUUCAGCGGAGGCAUAUGCUGCUGCUAUGCUCCAGGCUAUGACCGAGCUGCAGCUGAAAGACAAAGAUCGCCGCCAAGCUGUCCCUAGCGCCCAGGACGGACUCGAGACACGGCUCAAUACACGCCUUGAUGCGCUAGAGAAACAACAUAAAGAAGCUUCUGCGAAACAAAAGAAACAGAUAGAGGAACUUCAAGAAAGCCUCUCAACAGAGACUCUCCAGCGUGAGGCUCUGGGCAUCGAGAACGAGGCUCUGAAAAAGAAGGUUCAAGAAUUGCAGGAUCGUCACCAGUCUCUGACUUCUAAGGCCGAUGACCACGGCGCAUCUAUCAAGCGGCUGCAAGAGAAAAAGCCAGACGUUGUGUCGACUCAGGCACCGCCACAACAAAAUGCUGUUACGACCGACGAGCUGACGGAAGUCAAGACGCUUGUGAACCAAUACGAGGACAGAAUGCUCAAGCUAGAGAAUCAAGUACUCGAGCACGACGGCAAGCUCGGUGAGAUGGAUAUCGACCUCAUCAGCGACAGCUGCAGUGCCGUUGCGACAACAUUGCCAAGACUAGAGCAGAAUGUCAAGAAGGCUGCGGAAGAUAUUAUUGUCCUUCGGGCAGAACACAAGAAGCUCGGAUCGGACACAGAUAUCAGUCGAUCCGGUGUCGAGCAGUUACGGUCUGACAUUCAACAGCAAUAUUCCCACGCAGAGAAGAUCCAGACAAACGUCGAACAGAUCAUGUCUGAAACUGCCCAAUUAAAGUCGGAAACCGACUGCCUUAAACGAGGCGCUGACGAAAUCAAGUGCGACGCUGAGCGCCUAAAGACAAACACGCAGCAACUAAGAUCCGACACCGACUACGUCAUGAAAGGUGUUGAGAAACUCGAAUAUGCUAACGAGCAUAUCAAAAUAGAGGCUCAGCAGCUAAAGUCCGAAAUGACGCAGCUCCAGUCGGGCAUAGAGAAACUUGGUUCAGAAAUACCACGCCCACCAGAUGGCGACAACUUCUUAGCGGUCAAAGCCUUCAAAAACAUGAACGUUCAUGUUUUCGAGACAUACCAUAGGUGGAUUGAGGACGUAAAGAAGCGAAUCGACAUUGUGGAGCGACAAAUGCCAACGCUGCAGACGGACGCGGUCUCGUGGGCUCAACUUAAGACGCUCGAGAAAGGGUCAGACCAGAAAUCGAAUCGUAGUACAGAGAACAGCCGCCUAUCGACACCGACUAGUGACUCGAAGACCGCCGUUUCAUACGAAGGAAAGUUGAAGGACUACGAUACGCGGAUCAGGGUGCUUGAGGCUGUGUCCAGUCAGAGUCCACGUCGUUCCGUACACGCCUUGUCAGAGCCGGCCGAUUUUGCGGAUGCAGCAGUUCAAAGGCACGCGUCAAACGACUCGGCAUCAAUCAAGGUUGCGAUUGAAGCCUUGAAGGCGCAGUUAUCGAUGAUUGACCAAAGCAUCAAGGCUGUUUCUGAGUCGGCAAAGUUAGCAAGCGAUAGCCAGGCCGAGCAUUCUGAACGAAUUCGCCUCCUGGAAACCCAGGCGUACGAUCUCCGGGCGGACCACCAGCGCUUGGACGACAUUGAACAAAGAUUUGUGGCUACAGAGGAAAAGGUGCAGGCCGCCGAGGGCAAGAUUGAGUUUGUGCAACACAACUUCAUGGGUGUCGACGCACAAAUGAACAACUUGACGACGGAGAGCCUCUACCAGGCCAUUCUGCAGCACAUUGACAGAUAUCAGCCAACGGAAGCCGCACUUGGGCCCAAGGUCGAUCAGAUGGCCAGGCAGGUAAUAGCUUACGAGCAGAGACUGAUAUUUUUGGAGAGACAAAUGGCGUCGAAAGAAGAGCCUGCAAAUAAGAAACGUAGGCUGAGCCCUCAAUACGGGCCGGUAGCAAUGACAAACGGCAGGCAUUGA